UGUCAUCUUAAUCCAGUCUCACAGAUUCUUCAUUUGAGUUUCUGGUUUCUGCCAGUCUUUGUAGUCUGUUUUAAGUGAUUUCAAUAAAUAGCGACUAUGGCUAACCAGAGAUUUCUGCGCGCUCCUGUCACUUUAAAGGGAGCGCGCUCGCAGCAUUUAAAGCUGUCAGAUCGCUUGCGUCACUACUACACGCUUGUCGCGGGCGUUAGUUGAGUUUACAUUCAGGGCACAGAGUAAAAACGCGCAAUACACACUCCAAACAGCCAAACAGCCAAACACACACGCGUUACAGGGGGACAGAAUAAUGGCGUCUGUGAGUGUGGUGGGGCAGCACCCAGUUCCGCACAGGCUGGACUCGGAACCUCUGCUCUUCAAACUACCCGGCAGCAGAAAGAAAAUCACCCUGCCGAGGAAAUCGUCCUGGGAGAAGAUGAUGCUCAGGAGAAGCUCGGGGAGCGGCGGGGAAUGCGGGUCGUUCACAACUGAAGGGGAAUCGAGAACUCACCCCUUGUCUCCGGGAGCAGCGGGUGAAACGGCGGUGAGAGGAGGGUUGAUGUCCGGUGAAGGAUGCAAAGCUCCUGCCGCCCCUGCUGCGCCACGUAGCGCAGACCGGGACAGAGAGGAGGACAGCACGGACUGCGUCAGGCGCACCGCAGCCGGCGGGUCUCAAGAAAGUCUAACCGCGCACAGCAACAGCAUCAUCGACUGUGACUCAAACCGUAACACAGGUGGUCUGAGGGGGACUUCGCUCAAGAGGUCGGGCAUCAAUGUCAUGCCAAGCAAAGCGGUUACGAAUGGACACAAAGGAGUCCACCGGCACCGAGACACGCCACACGGGAGACGGGACACCCGGAGCGGAGACAGCGGACAUCAGAGCAUCUCCUCCUGCGUGCCAGCACAAGGAGACAGCGGCAGUCUUCCUCUGGAGCGGCUUACACAGGGCAAGACUGGAGUCGUCAGGUUGGCCCGCACCGAGCCUCACCGCAGGGAGGCCUGGUCCAUCUUUCCCCGGGGGGUGGACCCUCGGGUGAAGACAGAGAGAGGCGAAGGGCACCGGUUCGAGUCCAAGCCCUGUACGCAGGACUGGUGUGACGCCUGUAGCCGUCAGAUCACUGCACAGGCACUCAAGUGUCAAAACUGUAGCUACACCUGUCACCUGGAGUGUGAGAGGCAGGUCCAGCUGGACUGCAACCGGAAGGACAGAGAGCCCGAAGAAACUCAAUCUCCCAGAAGACUCUCCUCGUCCGCAGCCCCUCAGUACAAGCAGAAGGAAGCAAAGGAGGAAGAUGGAAGAGGAACAAAGGACCUGUCAGAAGAAGAGGUGCGGACAAGGAUAGAAGAGUAUAACGCUCAAGUCUCUGAAACUGGCAUGAAACUGGCUUCAGACGGAUCCUACACAGGCUUCAUUAAGGUCCACCUGAGGCUCAGUCGACCAGUCACAGUCCCCGCUGUGGAGGCGGCGGACUCAGAGGGAGCGUCCAGGCAGACGGCUGGCCGCACUCAAGCACUGUCAGAGUGCCAGGAAGGGACGGACUUUGGACAGAGCCAAAAGAGAACAUCCUUCUACCUACCGUGCGACUGUGUCAAGCAGAUCCACAUUAGCUCUCUGACCACUACCAGAGAGGUCAUCCAAGGUUUGCUGAAGAAGUUCAUGGUGUUGGACAAUCCCCGCAAGUUUGCAUUGUACAGACAGACGCACCGCGAUGGACAGGAUCUGUUCCAGAAGCUUCCUCUGUGUGAGCGUCCUCUUCUUCUGAGGUUGAUAGCAGGGCCUGACCCAGAGCAGCUCAGCUUUGUCCUUAAGGAAAAUGAGACUGGAGAGGUGGAGUGGCAUGCAUUCUCUGUCCCUGAGCUACAAAACUUCCUGGUAAUCCUGGGGAAAGAGGAGGCGGAGCGCGUACGGGCAGUGGAGCAAAAAUACACUGUGUACCGACAGAAACUACAACAGGCCCUACAACAACAUGACCCCUGACCCCUUCACCUGUUACCUUACGACCUCAACCUAGGGAGAGACUGAUCCUCUAAACGCUGACCCCUCAAGACCCGUGAUCUAUUCAGAGACUGGAGCCAGAGCUGAAUCUCCGCCCUCCACACAUACACCCAAACAUACAGUACAUUCACACAUAGAUGCAUACCCUUUCUCAGGACGCAUACAAGCCCCCCCCACCAUCCACACAUCUACUUCCCGAGGAGAGAAUCAGGGGUUGAAAGCGACAUGAAAGGCUACAGGGGUGUGUCGUCUGAUAGCUAGUUGGAUAAGCAGUGUUUUCAUUGCCAAGGACACACACAGAAGGAUCAGAGCAACACAAGAUCUGAAACUCCGACUUGAGAUCUCAUUUGGGACUGAUAUGAAUCGUUAGUGUUUUUAAAGAUACCCUCUUCUUCUGCUACUACUGCUGCUGCUGCUGCUACUGCUACUGCAAGUGUUACUUAUGCAUGAGUCUCUCUCAGCUCAUCCCCCUGCACAUAGAGUUAGAAGUUACACAGAAGGCAUGAUUACUUUUUGAUGGAAGGACAAUCAUACUGAGUGUUGUUUUUAUUUUAUUUUUCUUGGAAUUGAUGUAUAGGGUUAUCACCAGAUGUAUUAUUUUGUGGAUUUGUGAGAGAGUUGUUUGGGGUCAGGGCUGUUUUGCUUUGGAUGCUAGAACAAGAAGAAAGGAAAGAUAAGAAAAUUAUCAGAGAAUGGAUCUCACCAUUCUCUGUUUUUUCUCAGGGACCAUGCAAUGAGCAAAGGAGGAAAAGGAACCAAAUUCCACCCUACAACACCCCAUUUUUAGCCCACUUUGUCUAAAAUCUUAGCGUUUUUUAUUUGUUGCUAUCAUUUUAUUUUCCUACUUUAAUGCCAUGUGAAAAGCUGCUGUCAGGAGCUUCGCUGACAGAAAGGUCUUCAAACCAACCCAGUUACCGAUCCACAAACCUAAACUCUUCUGAGAUAACUGUGAUUUCAUUUUUCCUCCCUAAAUCCUGAUCCAACCUUGCUUGACCUGCUGAGCAAGGGAAUCCACAUACUUUUCAAGAUGUUACACUUUAUUGUAAAAGUGAUUUUACACUGUUAUUAUAUGGGUUGCAUUUGAAUGUCAGAGUUUUUUUUCCCACCAAAGCUUAGAGGGACAGAAGAUUCUAAAUGGAUGAGAGACAUUAGGAAGUUUAUCUAAUUAAAGGUGGUGUAUGUAAAAAAUUAAACCAGCUUCUGUUUUUGCACAUUUGGAUGCAGGUCACUGAAUAGCCCACAACUCUAGGGCUGGGCAUGCAUUUCUGCUUCUCUUUUCUUGUCUUUCUCUUUUUCAACUCCCCAUCUUCCACCCAAAAAAAGAAACAAAAAAUAUAUAAAAUUAAUGAUAAUGGCUAUGAUGUACCAAUGACGUGUUUGCAAUGCAUAUGUAUUAUGUAGACACUGGAAAAAAA